CUUGAGAUUUAUUCGAUAUAAUGUUGCAACUAGGAUUAUAGAAAGACCGGUUCUUUUAUAUUGUUGGUUAAGGAAAGAGCUGGUUUCUUUUUGGUAUAAAUUGAAUGCUUUGGAUGUUAUUGGGCGUAAAACUUUUAAAGUUCAAUCUUUUCGUAGUACGACUUUAAACAGUGAUCAAUCUUUUCUCUCUACACAAAUAUCUCUUGUGAUCAACCCUCAGCCUCAUCGUGAUCGAAUGGAGCAUCUGUUGGGCCUUCUUAGAAUCCGUGUGCAGAGAGGAACAAACCUUGCUGUUAGAGAUGUCAGAAGCAGUGAUCCUUACGUUGUCAUCAAAAUGGGCAAGCAGAAAUUGAAGACUCGUGUGGUGAAGAAGAGCACCAAUCCCGAGUGGAACGAAGAUUUAACUCUUUCAAUUUCAGAUUCAAGUCUUCCAAUCCAUAUUGCUGUGUAUGACAAAGACACAUUUAGUCUUGAUGACAAGAUGGGGGAUGCUGAAUUCGAAAUCGGUCCAUUUCUUGAAGCCAUACGGAUGCGCUUGGAAGGCGUGGCAAAUGGAACGGUAGCUUCAAGAGUACAACCAAGCAGGGAAAACUGCCUUGCUGAAGAGAGCUCCAUCAUCUAUAGUGAUGGCCGUAUUAUCCAGAACAUGACUGUCAGACUCAGAAAUGUGGAGAGUGGGGAAGUGGAACUCCAGUUACAAUGGAUUGAUAUUCCUGGCUCUCGGGGUUUGUAGAUUAGAAAUGUGGAGAGUGGGGAAGUGGAACCCCAGUCACAAUAUGCAUUGAUAUUCCGGGCUCUCGGGUUCUGUAGAUUAUAUAUGUAUGUAUCCAUGUCAUUACCAGACUUAUUUAGUUAUUCCUAUGUUUAAGCAUUGUAGCAGAGAUAUGGAGAUUGGAAGAUUAUGCCUGAACUAAAUUGCUUUCGCGAGUGGUUAAAAAUGCUAAAUAGAUUUCUGUUUUCGCAAUAAA